AUGGAGCACGUGGGCGUGCAUGGCGGUGGCGACGCCGCGUUCCUUCGCGGCCUCGAGGCGCUGGAGGUGGACGUGGAGCAGCAAGAGGAGAUAAUCGACUUCGAGGCAGAGCCGCCGGGCUCUUCUGAAUCGGUCGAGAUCUCCGACCUCAGGAAGCGCAUGUGGAAGGACCAGAUGCGCCUCAUGAAGCUCGAGGGCCGCGCCGGGGCCAGGAGCGGUGCGCCGGCCGGGCGGCAGGAGGACCGGGAGGAGGACGGUCCCGAGGCGCGGUGCCGGCGGAAGGCGAUGCUCCGCGCGCAGGACGGCGUGCUCCGGUACAUGAUGAAGAUGAUGCAGGCCUGCAACGCGCGCGGGUUCGUGUACGGCGUGAUCGACGAGGCCGGCGAACCCACGUCCGGCUCCUCCGACAGCCUCCGCGGCUGGUGGAAGGACAAGGUCGUCUUCGACCGCACGGGCCCGAAGGCGCUGAUCACCGGCAGCUCCGCCGCCGACGGUAGCAGCAGCCCGCUAGGCCUGGCCUCCUACCUCCACCGCCUCCAGGGCAUCCAGGACAACACGCUGGGCUCCGUGCUCUCGGCGCUCCUCCAGCACUGCGAGCCGCCGCAGCGCAACUUCCCCCUUGAGCGCGGCCUGGCGCCGCCGUGGUGGCCGACGGGGAAGGAGCCGUGGUGGGGCACGCAGGGCGAGACGCAGGCCCACCAGGGCGCGCCGCCGUACCGGAAGCCGCACGACCUGAAGAAGGCGUGGAAGGUGUCCCUGCUGAGCGCGGUGAUCAAGCACAUGAGCCCGCGCUUCGACCAGAUGCGCAGGCUCGUGUGGCAGUCCAAGCGGCUGCAGCACAGGAUGAGCGCCAAGGAGUCCGACACCUGGUCCAAGGUGCUCCGGCAGGAGGAGGCGCUCAGCGACCGGCUCAAGAGCUCGCUUCGGAUCACGCCCCUCGACGACGACUACGACGGCGAGGGACUGGAGGACGGUCCGGAAGAUGUGGCGCGUGGCCCGCAUGACAAGCGCAAGUGCGAGGACGCCCUGAGCGGCAGCUCAGGUGGGAAGUGGCCCAGACCACGAGGCGGGAGCCGGGACCUGGCGGCGAUGGUACCCGGGCUCGUCGAGGAGAGCCAGAGCCCGAUCAAUGAGCUCAUGGAGCUGUACUACAGCUGCCUGCAGGGACGCGACGGGGAGGAGAAACACGAUGUGGCGGUGGUACCUCCAGGAGUGCCGGGAGGAGCCAAUGAUGUUGCACAGCAAUUCCUGCUCGAUGUCAUCGGGAGCUGCCCGGAAGUAGAUCAUGUGUUGCGUUUGAUGGAGGAGUGA